CGGCCAUUAAAAAAAAGAAGAAAGAAGAAGAGAACCGUGGAACAUGUUGGCUAGACCAUACGAUACGAGAUACAUUACGCUUCUCACAACUUCUAUUUUCUGUUUACAUCACGUGUCCUUCGUCCAAUUACGCGUCCGUACGGUGUUUUUAAACCACGAUGAAGUCGUACAAUAAUUAAUGUUAACAUGGAUGCCAACAACGUGGAAGAAAAUGGAGCGUUGAACGGAAAAAUCAAAGAGCACCCCUCGGAACCCACUUCGAAAGCUCGCGAAUUUUUUAGGAAAAGAUGGUUUCUCUUAUUCGUCGUAUUCCUCGUUUUGUUAGUCAUCGUGUGUAUAAUCCUUCUUCUCGUAUUUCUCAUACCUUACGUGAAGAGGGAGGUGAAGAGAGAUUUUAGAUUACCUCCGAACGUAUCGCCCGAGCAUUACGAUUUAGAGAUUCGGCCGCACCUGGAACCGGAAGAUUUAAGAUUCGAAGGGGUUGCCGUCAUCACUUUCGCUUGUGUAAAUACUACGGACACGUUAAUCCUUCACGGCAAUGGCUUGAACGUUCGUGAAAAUAGUUUAGACGUGGCUUCUACCGAUGGAAAAUUGACUUUGGACGUAAUCCACGUCGGUUACGAUAAAGAAAAUGAAUUUAUAAUUUUCACCCUUUGCCAAAACUUACAAGUUGGCCGAAAGUACAAUAUUCGUAUGAAGUACGAUGGAAAAUUAUCCAAUGCGCUCGGCUUUUCUGCUAUUAAAUACCAAGAUAAUGGCGUCGAAAAGUAUGUGGCCUUCACCAAAUUCGAACGAACUUACGCGAGAAGAGCAUUUCCUUGUUUCGACGAACCUCAUUACAAAGCCAGAUUCACUAUUUCGAUUGUAAGAAGGAAAAAAUAUGUAUCUUUAUCGAAUAUGCCACGUAAGGAAACGUUGGAAAGAGACGACGAUUGGGAAGUUGACAAAUUUCAAACGUCGGUAGUCAUGUCUACUUACUUAGUCGCUUUCGUCAUCGGUGAGUUUAAAAGUAUCGAAAAUGGCAAGGUUGCCGUUUGGUAUCUAAGAAAUAACACCGAUAUGGAAUUUAUAUUGGAUAUAGCUCAUAAGACUCUCGAUUAUUUCCAGAGAUAUUUUCGAAUCGAUUACGACUUACCUAAACUGGAUCACGUAAUUGUUCCCGAAUAUCCUUCUUACGGUAUGGAAAAUUGGGGUUUGAUCAUGUAUAAAGAAAAUGCGUUUCAUCCCGAAGCGACUAGGACAACAAAAGCUGCUUUAAUUUCUCACGAGAACGUACAUCAGUGGUUCGGCAAUUUAGUAACUCCUAAAUGGUGGGACGAUUUGUGGCUGAAUGAAGGAUUCGCGCGAUAUUUUGCGUCGGUAGGAGUUCACGGCAUCCACCCGGAAUGGAGAAUGGUAAACAAAGGAGAUAUUCCUCAUACCUUGGCGCUCGAUAUCUUCUCUUAUUUUCCUUACGAAAAGGAUGUUCUGGUAUUAAAUGUAGUGGGUUUUACAGAAAUCGGAUACUUUCUGAGAAAUUAUGAAAUGGCUGUUUUUCAAACCAACGUACAAGAAAAAUGGAAAGUUGCCGUUUGGUAUCUAAGAAAUAACACCGAUAUGGAAUUUAUAUUGGAUAUAGCUCAUAAGACUCUCGAUUAUUUCCAGAGAUAUUUUCGAAUCGAUUACGACUUACCUAAACUGGAUCACGUAAUUGUUCCCGAAUAUCCUUCUUACGGUAUGGAAAAUUGGGGUUUGAUCAUGUAUAAAGAAAAUGCGUUUCAUCCCGAAGCGACUAGGACAACAAAAGCUGCUUUAAUUUCUCACGAGAACGUACAUCAGUGGUUCGGCAAUUUAGUAACUCCUAAAUGGUGGGACGAUUUGUGGCUGAAUGAAGGAUUCGCGCGAUAUUUUGCGUCGGUAGGAGUUCACGGCAUCCACCCGGAAUGGAGAAUGCCGUCAUUAAAUAGAAUUCAAAUUUUAAAAGAUGCCAUGUUCUUUGCCGACAAAGGAGAUAUUCCUCAUACCUUGGCGCUCGAUAUCUUCUCUUAUUUUCCUUACGAAAAGGAUGUUCUGGUAUUAAAUGUAGUGGGUUUUACAGAAAUCGGAUACUUUCUGAGAAAUUAUGAAAUGGCUGUUUUUCAAACCAACGUACAAGAAAAAUGGAAAAAAUUUAUUCAAUACGCUUUGGGAUCGAUUUACGCUAGAUAUUUGCAUAAUUGGGCUAAAGAAAAAAUUGAAGAAGAACUAUUCUUAUCAAAAAAUACAUAUAUUUCUAUUUUGUGUAAGUACGGUUAUAAAAACUGUUUAAGUAAUUCGAGAGAAGUGAUGAAAGAACUCAUGAAAGGAAAGGACCCAAAAGAAAUGUAA